AGCAGGGUCUGCACCCCAACCAUUGAGGUCUGCUAGGGGUCCCUUCUGCAUGAUGUGAGAACAACCCCAGCAGUGACACCCCACACCCUGGGUUAACAGAGUCUCUGCCUCGCAGGAGGUGGGCAGUGCCAGACAGGCUGCGUGUGCUGAUGAGGAGCAGGGAGAUGGAUCGAGGCAUCAGCCUGGAGAACCCCUAUGCCAGUGUCAACAUUCCACGGGAACAGUUCCAGCAAAGCUUUAUCACUCGUUACCUGAAGGAUGAGCCCACCAUCAUUGCCAACCCUGCAGCAGUGCCCACCUAUGGCAUGGAGGAGAAGGCAGACUCUGCUAAUGGCUGGAACAGCCCAACCAUCUCCACAGAUAAGUCCUGGUCCCGUCCCUACAACCCCUAUGCCAGCCUGAAGAUGCCCAAUGGUGAAUCGUCUGCCUCCUUCUACACCGUCACCCUGGAGGAGCCCCCCAGGGCUCAGGAGCAGGGGGCUGGCAGGCGAUGUGGCUGCUGCAGGUGGUGCCCCUGCUGCCCAAAGUGCUGCUGUGUCGUCUCCUAAGGGCCUUCCCUGCACCCGUGGGUCAUGCUGACCAUGGGAGGAGGCCUGGUGAUCCCACGGGGACAAGGCUGCUGGCCUGGGCACCCCAGGGAGCUGCCCCUGGCACCUGGCAGAGCUGGCAGCUGGGACCUGGCACUGGUUGGACUCUGACAUUGCUUUUCACCUGUGAGCUCUUCAGCCAGAUAAUCUGGUGAUGGGCACCUGCCAGGUCCUGAGAGCCCAGUGUGGGGCCCAGGAGCCCUGGGGAUGAUGUGUGCCAGGGCAGACACCACCAAGAAGUGCCUGUACUGGGGACGGGGCAGAACUUUGAGCCUGUAAUCCUGUACGCUGCCCCUGCCAGUCUCCCCAGGCUGGGAAAUCUCCACCUCUGGGAAGGUGCAGGCACUGCCUGCAUGCCAAUGGAUAGGUUUGGAUAAUGGCAGUCCUGUGUGCAUGGCAGAGGAGGACAUCAUGACUACCUUGGAGCAGUGGAAAGAAGCCAGGGACAUGCCUCCAGCUGCUAUGGGGACCCACCUCCCCGGAACUGAGUCAUUCUCCGAACACCCAGAAUCAUGGGGAUGCUACAGCGCCCUGUGCCAAGCUACAGCUCCAGCUUCAGCUGGGUCCUGCUCCUCCUCAUCACACUACCCCGGGACAGAGGGAAGGAGGCAGGAAAGACAGGCAGCCAAAGCAUGGCAGAGUGCCAGGCCAUGCCCCAGGGCAGCACCGGGUAGCACAGCAUGGAUGGGAGCAUUAACAUCCCAGUGCUGGGAAACCCCCAGCCCCAUUCGGUUCCUCCUGCCAGGGUUAAGGGCACUGGACACAACUGCCCACACCAUCUCCAUCCCAGAGCACUGGGACUGGCUCCAGUGCAGAGGGCUAGCCCAGAUCCAGCAGCAGGGUG